GGUCGUUGUAAGGUCAGUCAAGCAAAAAGUGUGGAAGGUGUGGUACUGUGGUCUAUCGGCUGGCAGCAGUAGAAUGUCAUCCAGAUUUUCUGGCGUAAAGCUUGGGCCUCCCAUUGAAGUUUUUGCAUUAAAUAAAGCAUAUUUAGAUGAUUCUCAUCCUAAUAAAGCUAAUUUAACUAUAGGAGCAUACCGCACAAAUGAAGGGAAGCCAUGGGUGCUGCCAGUUGUCAGAAAAACUGAGAAACAUAUGGCAGAGGACAACACAAGCAACCAUGAGUACUUGCCAGUGCUGGGAAUGGAAUCUUUCACAUCUGCGGCAACAAAGAUGUUACUUGGGCAUGACUCGAGUGCUGUAGUUCAAGGACGGGCUUUUGGCGUCCAGACAUUGAGUGGUACAGGCGCAUUGAGAGUCGGUGCUGAGUUCCUAAACAGGCACCUACACUACACCACAUUCUAUUACUCAAAACCAACAUGGGAAAAUCAUCACUUGGUUUUUACAAAUGCUGGCUUCACUGAUCCAAGGGAAUAUCGGUACUGGGAUCCACAUAAGAGGGCAAUAGACUUCGACGGAUUGAUUGCUGACCUGCGGGACGCACCUGAAAAUUCUGUUGUUAUAUUACAUGCUUGUGCCCAUAAUCCUACAGGGAGUGACCCAACACAAGAGCAAUGGAUAAAAAUUGCAGAUGUAAUGAAGGAAAAGAAACUUUUUCCAUUUUUUGACUCUGCGUACCAAGGCUUUGCUUCUGGAGAUCCUGAUAAAGAUGCAUGGGCUGUUCGUUACUUUGCUCAGCAAGGCUUUGAAUUUGUGUGUGCCCAAUCAUUUGCCAAAAACUUUGGCCUGUAUAAUGAACGAGUAGGAAAUCUGACAGUGGUACUCAACAGCAACGAUGAGAUUAUAAAUGUUAAAUCACAGCUUACUCUUACUGUGAGAGGAAUGUACUCUAAUCCACCUAAUCAUGGAGCAAAGAUUGUCAGCACUGUUCUCAAUAAUGAACAUUUGUGCCAAGAAUGGAAAGAUUGCAUUGUUACCAUGUCAUCUCGUAUCAAGGAAAUGAGGCAAGGUUUAAAGGAGCGACUUCAACGACUGGGUACUCCUGGUACAUGGGACCACAUCACACAACAGAUUGGAAUGUUCUCUUACACAGGGCUAUCACCUCGUCAGUGUGAACAUCUCAUGAGUGAAUACCACAUCUAUCUCCUGAAGAGUGGACGUAUUAAUAUGUGUGGUGUCACUACGCAUAACAUAGAUUAUAUUGCCAAAGCAAUCCAUGAUACAAUCCUACUGUUGCCUGAAAGCAAAAUAUGAUAAAUUUAUUCAGUAUUAAUAUGUGACAUACUUUGGUUGUCUGCAGCCAACCAGAUUUGUUGAGGAUUUGUCUUUGUAGUCUUGGCGAAUGUGUGCAGUUGUACUGGAUAGUUUUAACUUCUGCCGUGGCAACAGUUUUGAGUAGCCAUUGCAGUACGUAGACAGCUGAGUUUCUUAAAACACCAAGUAUAUAUAAAGUCUUACGCUGAUCUUAGGGCCCAAUUUUAUACUUUUUGUGUGUGUGUGUGUGUGUGUGUGUGUGUGUGUGUGUGUGUGUGUGUGUGUGUGUGUGUGGGGGGGGG